CACUCGGGAUUUACGAGCAUGGCAUCCACGUGGUUUUGAAAUGUUACAACAGUGCUGCAUGCCUACAUAGGUAGAUGACACGGGCGCUAGGCCUAGCCACCAUUUAACUACCAAAAAAUCCCAAAUAUUCAUGCCACGAGGGUUAACAAUGGAGUCGGCUGACAUCAUACUUAGUCCUACUGAAACCCUUGAUCAGCCUCAGCCACCACAGCCAGAUUCUGAGCAGGGACCUCACUCUGCGACAGUUAAACAGACCAUCAAGAGAGGGCUCCUGUGUGCAACUGUGUUAGCCUAUUUCGUCUACUUUUCUUUCGCCAUGGCAAUGAACUUCCAGAAGGCCAUUCCGUUGCUAUGCAUCACUGCAUUCGUCUGCUUCUGCACGAGCUAUGCGCUCGUAAAGAGGAAGUUUGGAAGUCGAAUUGCAAAAAGCAUGCACAUUACAUGGUUAAAAGGUUGCUGCAGUCCAUUGUCAAGAAAACUCAGUAUAAUUGUGUUCAGUGGGAUAUCCUUGGUGCUAACAGCCGCCAUGAUUCUCAUCAAUCUAUCUUCUCCCGGAAAUCUCGUGUCCCUGGCCGGUAUCGUUGCAUUGCUGCUAUUCAGUUGGUUAAUCUCCUACCACAAAACAAGGAUAGAUCCCCGCCCCGUAGUAUGGGGUCUGGCCCUGCAGUUUCUCCUCGGACUUUUUGUUCUCCGUACAAAUGUCGGACAGCAGACUUUUUCUUUCCUUGGGAAACAAGUCGAACUCUUCUUAAGUCACGUGAUUGCUGGUGUGGAGUUUGUUUUCGGGGAAAACUACGUGGAUUUUGAAUUUGCUUUUAAGCUGAUGCCAACAGUGAUUUUCGUGAACUCUGCCGUGUCCAUCUUGUACCACUGUGGACUCAUGCAGGCGGUGAUCCAGAAGCUGGCGGUGGUCAUGCACUAUACCAUGGGGACCUCAGCCGCCGAGACCCUUUGUACGGCCUCCAGUAUCUUCCUCGGGCAGCCGGAAGCAUCUUUUACGAUUCGUCCAUACCUAGAGAAAAUGACGCAAUCAGAACUCCACGCCAUCAUGACGGCAGGAUUUGCCAGCGUCACCGCUGACGUAUUUGGUCUUUUUGUCGUUUACGGAAUAUCCUCGGCCCACAUUCUGACGGCAGUUCUGAUGUCAGCGCCAGCGGGGCUAGCCGUCUCUAAGAUUAUUUAUCCGGAAGUCGAAGAACCGGAAACGAGAGAUCUUUCAAAAAUGCAACAUCAAGAAGACAGCAAAGAAACCGCCAACCUGAUCGAUGCGGCUGCUAGGGGAGCGACGGACGCCAUCUUUGUGGUGUUCGCGGUGGUGGCUAGUCUGAUCGCUUUCCUCAGCUUGUUACAUUUCAUUAACGCCGUUAUUGCCUACCUUGGAAGUCUCGUAGACAUAGAGGACCUAUCUCUUGAUGUGAUUUUGUCCUUUGCUCUGAUUCCUGUUACCUUUCUGAUGGGUGUGCCUUGGUCAGAUUGUCGAGUUGUGGGAGAGGUGGUCGGGCUAAAAACCGUAAUCAAUGAGUUUGUAGGCUACCAGAGACUCGGGUCAUACAUCAAGGCGAACCAAAUAUCGAAAAAAGCUGAAACAAUAGCAACAUAUGCACUCUGCGGGUUUUCGAACCCGACAACUGUUGGUAUUACGUUAUCCGGCCUCGGUGCACUAAUCCCUUCGAGGCGGAAGGAUUUGGCAAAACUAGUCAUGACGUCAUGGGUUGCUGGAAGCAUCGCCUGUUUUUUGACUGCUUGUUUUGCAGGUCUGAUGUACACAGAAACAGAAAAUGAGCCUCUUCGAACUCCAUUUUCCCCAUCCAAUGUUACAUUAAAUUUUACAACGAUUCCAACUGCAACGUAAUAUAUAAAGAUUCAUAACAUACACUGGAUUUGGAAUUUUAUAUUAAUCUCUGGCAUUAUAUUUACAUGUAUAUGACUUUUAAGUAGAAAAUACAAUCAAAUUUACUCAUUCUACUUGUAUGAAGCAUUACGAAUUUAUUAAAAAUUAUUUUUUUUACA